UAGCAAUUCCUCUGUAUGUGGCUGUCCGAAAACAAAUGUGGCUGUCCCUCCCUUUUUCCCCCAACCCUGCGUAAAAAUAAAAUUGCUUGGCUAUAUUUGGAGAGAGCUGAUGUCACAAGUGGUUUGAGCAGAGAGUUUAUAAACUGUGACAUCCUGACAAACCAUCAGACUGCUCAACAGACAGACGAGGACGAAACGCUACACCCAGAAGUCAUCAGCACCAGAAACACCAUGUAUCACCUGAGAGUGCCUGUGUUUCUCCUGGCGGCGCUUGUGUUGCUCCGCUGCAUCGCAGCCGCUCCAAGCCUCAGGUACUUCAGUUCCGGUUCCUCCUCCUCCGACGACAAGCAAGAAAAUGCUCUUCCAGACAAGGAGAGCAGGUCACUGCCUGAGCUAAUCGCCGACCCGUUCUCCGGCCUUAUGGGCGCGCGGCCUGAGAGGGGACUCACAGCAACGAACAGUCAUCACGUACAGAAGAGAAAGUGUGACUUAGGUACCUGUCAUAGAGAGAGGUUAGGACACGACUUGAUGGUUCUAGCUGGCAGAAAAGAAAAAAAAACAGACGUGGGAGAGAACUCAUUCGGCAAGAGGGAGAUACAUCUGCCUCCCGCCCAGCUGCCAUAGGGGAACUGGCCCAGAGGAGCCACGACUCCUAUGUAGUACAAACUGGGAGAAUACCCCAGUGACCUAAUGAUCAUGUGUAACAGUGAAUGAAUGAAUGAAUGACGACUCUGAUGAUAAAUCACAUCAUAAGAUGAUUUUUAAAAAAUCAUUUUAUAAGCUUCGAGACUACAGUGCCUUUGAUCUAAGCCUUCUGAAUCCACGUAUGUUUUCUUCCAGCUUUGUGAAUCUCGUAAAUCACAGCACUAAUGAAAUGAAGAAACAUGUAGCUGCUC